AUGAAGCCAGCUCAGCUAUUCUAUUUUCACUUUGCGACUCUGCUGGCAACAGCUUCGCCAACCAGAGACCGUCCAAAUGCUCCCCUAGCCGUCAACACAAGUUCCGGUGUUUUCGCCCCUCAUUUCGCCAAGUCACAGCCAAAAGUUGCGUCCUUCCUCGACAUACCGUACGCAGAAAGCCCGUCCGGCGACCGUCGAUUCGCACCACCCGUCGCAAAAGUUUACCCUGGAAGCCAAGUGGUGAAAGCUUCUCGUCUUCCUGCCGGUUGUUUUCAGUAUGUGGCACCGUUCCUUCGGGGAACGGUCACAGAUGGUCCCGUCACCGCGGCGGCCUUCCAACGAAACGACUUCUCCAACACGACCGAGGAUUGUCUGCAUCUUUCGGUGUUUGCUCCUAAACACGCGAUUACCGGGUACAAUGGCACUGAAGGCGCGAUAAAAGAAGAAACUUUGCCUGUCGUGGUCUGGGUACACGGCGGCGGCUUCAGUUUUGGCGGUAUCAACGUGCCCUACCAGCUGGCCCCCAACUGGGUCCAGAGAAGCCAGAAACACAUCGUCGUCCAAGUCCAAUACCGUCUCAAUCUUCUCGGAAUCCCCAACGCCGCCGGUCUCGCCGAGGCCGGCGAGAAUCUGAACCUGCCCCUCCUGGACCAGCGACUUGCUAUCGAGUGGGUGCGCGACAACAUUGCCCGUUUUGGAGGCGACCCGAAUCGUAUCGUUCUCUGGGGCGAAAGUGCUGGAGCGUACGCCGUCGACGGCUUCCUCUUUGCUUGGCCUGAAGAUCCCAUCGUAAAGGGCGUCAUCGCGGACUCCGGGAACGCGGUGGCUAUCCAGGGCAUCUUAUCUGACCCCAAGAACCACACUACCUUUUCCCUAGCGGCAGAGCGUCUGGGUUGUGGUGGUCUCUCGCCUGAAGAAGAGCUCAAGUGUAUGCGACGGGUACCCGAGUCGAAGAUCAAGACGUAUCUCCAAGCAGACAUGGGCGAAGGCGGUGCUCUUGACGAUGCUUCAGUAUUUGGGGCAUUUCCCGACAACGUAACCUUCUUUGCAAACUACACCGAAAGAAUCGGCAAAGAUCCUGCCAAGUAUCCCGAUCAAGUACCGCUGCUGAUCGGCACGAACGCCAACGAAGGAGCCGCAGUCGUUCCAUACAACUUCACCGACACCACGACGGCGACCGAACUCCCAAGUGACCUCGCCAAGGUCGCGCAAGCAUUCUCUCUCAACCUGCAGUGCACGACCUUGCAAGAGAUACGGCUUCGAUCGGAAGCAGGCGCGACGACAUACCAGUACCUGUACGCCGGCAACUUCACCAACAUAUCACCCCUCCCCUGGCUGGGCGCGUAUCACACGGCCGAGCUGCCUUUGGUCUUUGGUACACACGAAGUCGACGGCCCGUCGACCGAGUUUGAACGGCGUGUUAGUGAGAGAAUGCAAGAUUUGUAUCUUCAGUUCGUGCUUGAUCCCAAGGAUGGACUGAAGAGAGCUGGUUGGCCUGCUUCGACAACGCCGCUGGAGAAGUCGGCGAUUGUCGAGUUGGGCGGUGAUGGGAAGGUUCAACAAGUGAUCAACGCCGGAGCGAUGCGGGAUGAGUGUGUGAAGUAUGGAUUCUCCAUUUGA